CUUUAUCCAUCUAAAGCGUGGGAUAUCCAUUGGUGAACCAGCGCAUUGUAACGCUGCGUCGGUUAAAUUCAUCUAUCUGAACUCACAAAACUCUUUGGUUCACUUUUUAUUCCCGUCAUUAUUUUUUGUCUCAUCAGCUUUCUCCCUCCAUUCAUUUUUUUCCCUCUCUACUACGUAAUAUAUAAUGGUUAAUAGCUCGCACGAACAUCAGCCAUUGCCCACCAACAUUGCUCAGGACGAGUAUUAUCAAAAUGCGCGUGAUCGAAGCGUGGAAGAAGGUUCCUUGGAAGAAUAUAUGGAGAAACCGGCCGCUCCACCGCGACGUCGAUUUUACAAGAAAAAGAAAUAUUGGAUCAUCUGUUCCGUCAUCAGCGCCAUUGUGAUCGUCGUCGUCGUGUGUCUCAUUGUAUUUGUCUUUUUCCCAAUGAUUGCUCAAUCGCUCAUGAACGGGGCCAAUAUUUCGGUCGAAGAAGCCCAAAUUACGUUCAAUCCACCCCAAGGUCAAUCAAACGCUUUGCAACUUAUCAAACGUCAAGACCAGCCCUUCGAUCCUCAGUCUACUUUUUACAUGUCCAUGAAAAGUAAAAUGAGCAAUACGGGUCCCUUCUCUGCCGACAUCAAGUUCCAUAAUCCAAUCCAAGUUUAUUAUAACGAUACUCAAAUUGGUACCAUCACUUUGCCGGAUUCCAAAAUCUCGGGCGGCAGCGGUGAACUGAAUGCCGUUACACCUUUUUUGAUUUCCAAUACGAGUUUUUUUGCCGCCUUUUCACGCGAUAUGCUUGCAUUUGAAAGCUUCAAAUGGAAAAUGAAAGGCCAGUUGGAUAUCACUGCUCUCUCGCGUACCGCCACGGUUAACCUCGAUAAGGAUAUCAAGCUUGAUGGCAUGAACGGUUUCCCCGACGUCAGUAUCGAUUCCUUCAAGCUUCCGGCCGACGACCCCAACGGAGGUAUCAAAGUCGAACUUGGCACCGUCCUCAAGUCACCUUCGCCUAUCGGAGUUCAACUGGGUACCAUCAAGCUGGCCGUCGGUUACGAAGGUGUUCACCUCGGUGAUGUAGCCUCUGAUAAUGUGUCGCUGAAGAAAGGCGACAACAAGAUUUUGCUCAAAGGCACCCUGGUUCCUCAAAACGAUACCAACGCUUUGGACAAAGUGAGCACUCUCUUUUCCAACUACGUCUCUGGCAAGGUUUCCAACACUACGGCCACAGGUAUUUCUGCUGCUCCCAACGGCAAGGAUCCUAUUGGCUGGCUUUCGGAAGGGUUCAAAUCGGUUCAAUUAAACGUCGCCUUGUCUGCUGCUGCGCCAUUGAACAUUAUUCACGCUGUGAGCAUGGGUUACCUCGACCUUCAGUUCAACAAAGAUACUCCUUAUGCUCCCAUUGCUAGUGCACCCAAUGUAGUCGCUGAUUUCUCCAUUCCUUUUGGGUUUUCCUUGAAUAUCACUGAAGUGUCGCAGAACAUCACCCUCGGCACCAACUCGACGGGCAAUUUCUCCGUCAUUCAAGUCCCCUUUGUGCCAGCCAAGAGCGAUCAACAAGCAGGAAAACUGCAGUUUGCUAUGGAGAAUGAUGCCAUCACGGCUCUUCCCGACAAGGAAGCGGCCUUCAACGAUUACACCUUCUCACUUACAGCCUCCGACCUUUAUUCUUUCCAAGUAGGCGGUAAUGCUACCACCAAGACGCAAACCCCGCUUGGCCCUAUCACGCUUUCUGGCAUCACCUUUGAAGUUCCCACCUCGCUUCACGGUCUCAAGUUUUUGAACAGUACGCCAACUGUCAUUAACAGUCUUGACGUGUCCGGUGGUACCAAAGAUGCUAUGCAGUUGGCGAUCAAUGUUACCAUGGAGAAUCCAUCUGACUUUAGUAUCGGCACGGGCGACGUGCACCUCGCCAUGUUGUCCAAAGAUACCCAUUUGGGCGAUGUCCUUUUGAGCAAUUUGAAACUGAACCGAGGCUCGAAUACCGUGAUUGCCAGUGCGUCUUUUGAUCCCAAGUCCAGCUCCGUUGGCCAAGAACUGUUAAGCUCCUUCGUCAUGGGUAAGAACAACGAUGUCCAGAUCAAGGGCCACGAAUCGUCGACUGAGGUGCUUUCCCUUGCUGCUGCUCUUGGCAACGUAUCGAUUGGUUCAACCUUGCCUGGUCUCAAAGCCCCGCUUGUCCAGGGAUCCGCGCUUACAGUGUUGCCCAACACGAUCCAGACGAGCGUCGUAAAUGUUGCAGUGACGAUCGCCAAUCCUUUCUCGGCCGGUUUAUCUAUUACCAAGGUCAGGGCCGCUGCCAGCUUCCAGGGUAUGCCCGUGGGCAAUAUUGAUCAAGAUAUCAGUGGUAACGCUUUCAACAUUGGUGGUCACGCUACGGCCAACUCUCAGCCUCUUGAUAUGAAGAUGAAUCUGGAACCUACGGCUGUUGCGUUAUUGCUUCGUCAGCUGGCUGUCCAAGAGAAACUCGACACGCGUGCUUUGGAUGGUCUCCUUGGUAUGGGCGGUUUCCACAUUGAAGGUCAACAAGACGUUAAACCUACGGCUGAUAUCUUCCAGGGCUUCAACAUCUCCAGUUACGUGAUGGAUGCCAUGAAAGCCUUGAAGGUCGAUCUGCAACUUGAAUCCGGUCUGACCAUUGGCGAGUACACAAACACACUCCGGUUUUCCCAGAACCAGGUCCAGGUUACUACCGACGGCACCGUUACCGGUCUGAUUCCUAUUGUGGGCCAGCCGAUUGUGCAGCAAAUUGUCGACGGCGCUCAGCUUGCUUUCGAAACCAUCGUGUUGUCGGCUCCUACCAAUGAGAACUUCAAGGUACAGAUGACAGGUUCUAUUACCAAGACCGGUCCCAUGGAUGCCGCCAUUAGUUUCCCUCAGCCCUUGACGGUGGCCUGGCAAGGCAAAGAACUCGGUAAAGUAACCAUGCCAACGAUCCAGGCCAAGGCCGAUGCGGGUGCUCAGUUCAACGUUUCCGGCGACUUUACGAUUAGCAACCAGAAUGAUAUGGCCGAAUUUUCGACUUAUCUGAUCGGCAACAAGGACUUUGUCUGGGAUAUUCGCACGGAUACUGUCAGUGUCAACGCGCUAGGUUUCGAAUUCAAAAACAUCAAGAUGGAGAAGUUUGUCACACUUGCAGGCGCCAACGGUUUCAAGGAUGCCGUCAAGAUCAACUCUUUCGAUUUGCCAGCCAACGACCCUGAAGGUGGUAUUCAGUUGAUUGCCAAGACCAGCAUCAAUAAUCCCAGUCAAGUCGGUUUCGAUCUGGAUGGCGUUGGUUUCCAGUCCAUCUUCAAGGAUGUAACGCUUGGUCCUCUCGCUUCCAACGGUCGAGCCGUGUUUCCUCCCAAGGGUACAGCCAACAUUGAAAUGAAGGGUCGUCUUGUCAAGCAAACAUCUGAAGAAGGCCUUGCGGCCGUCACUGAAGUUUUUGAAAACUACCUUUCGGCCAACAACUCUGUUCUGACGGUAGCUGGUGAGUCCGGUUCAGGUCCCAAUGGUCAAGUUGGCUGGUUGAGUCAAGCCUUCAAAACGCUCAAGAUCGAAAACGUGGUAUUACCUGGUCCCAAGGAGAAGCCUACCCUUAUUCCUUCCAUUACUCUCAAGGAUAUGGAAAUGGACUUUACAAAGGAUGCCUACGCGCCACCUUCCGGUUCCAAGCAAGUUGAAGCUCAACUGAAGAAUCCAUUUGGUUUCCCCUUGGGUGUCAGUCAGUUGAACAUGGACGUCAAUGCCAAUCAAGACCAUCACGAUAUCGCUUCGAUGAAGGUACCGGAUGAAAAGGCAACGACGAACAACGCCGGUUUGGUGACCACUCAGUUCAGCAAUGUUCCUUUCUCUGUCAAGGACGAUGCUCAUUCAUUGUUCAACGAUUUUGUCAAGGCUUUGACCUCCUCCCAAAAUGUUACCUUUGGUUUGGCCGGCACUUCCAAUGCCAUCGCCGAUACCGCUGUCGGUGCCUUGAAGCUGAACAAUAUUGGCUUUGACGUUCAAACAAGUCUCGCAGGUUUCAACAACUUUGAUGGCAAGAAUAACAUUCUCAGCUUAAAGGUCGUUGGCGGUACUAGCGAGUACGUCAAGGUCCAGUUAAGGGUGGCUUUUAACAAUCCUUCGCAAAUCACCAUCACGGUGGGCGAUUUGAGCUUUGCCGUGAUGAUGAAUGAACAAAACGCGAACGUGGGCAAGGUUAUUAUGAAGGACGUGGUGAUCAAGCCUGGUAUGAACGAAUUCGACGCAGAGAUGCAGCUCGGUGGUUCCGACCAAAAGGCCGUGUCCCAAAUGCUCGGUGAUUAUCUUACCAACGCCAAGGUGCCUUUGACGAUUCAGGGUAACGAACAGUCCUCACAAAUUGCCAGUCUUCAAAGUGGUUUAUCUACCGUUCAUCUCGCUACGACGAUGCAAGGUAUCCAGAGCAACCUGGUGAAAUCCGUCAAGGUAUCGGCUAGAGCGAUCGAUAUUCUCGGCAAGAAGGCCACAGCGUAUGUCACGCUCAACAACCCUCUCGACACCGAAUAUGCUAUUUCCAAGGUCAAGGUCGAUGUGACUUAUCCCAAUGGUGGCCAACCCUACAAAGUGGGACAUAUUGAUUAUGAACUUCCUAGUCCCAUUACCGUGCCUGCCGGUGGUACUGCCACGACGGAUGGCUGGCCUGUUUCCAUCGAUGCCAAUAUUUUUCAGUUAUUCGAUCUGCUGGGCGAGUCGGACAAGAGCAUGAAUCUGCAACAGAAUGUCUCGGUAAUCGUUGGUGGUAGCUACAAGUCCGAAAUGUAUUAUUAUCAAGACAAAGUAGCCACCGAACUGGAUGUAUCUUUCCUUGGUAUCCACAUUCCUUCCAAGAGCAAGGACGAUGGUAGCUCCGACGCGGCCGCUAGUUCCAGUCCCGCCAGCAGUGCCUCUUCUUCAGAAACGCCUUCUAAGAGCAGCAGCAGCAGUUCCUCAUCGUCGUCGACCUCGUCACCUACAGCCAGCAAAGAAGCAGAAAGUGCAAAGCCUUCUGAGAAAUCCUCCGAAUCCGACAGCAAAGACUCUUCCUCUGGUGACAGUAAAGCGAAAUCCAGUGACUCUUCUGACUCGGACGAUGGCAAACCACACUUUGUCUGGCCAUUUAAGAUUUAG